AUGGCUCCCCCACCAUCUACCCUCUACACUCUCUCGUUCUUCAUAGCAACCCUCGCCACCCUUCUAGUCGCAUUUACUCUACGCCUUCUCGCUAUUAUACCCAAUGCAAGCACAAAAACGCGACCACUCCGGCGCAAGCGCCCACUCGCAACGCGGGUGCUAAUCGUGCUCGGAUCCGGGGGCCACACUCACGAAAUGCUAUGCCUACUCCGCGACCUCGACACAAGAAAGUACACACAUAGGACAUACGUAGUCAGCAGUGGCGACGCCUUCUCCGCACAACGCGCUGCGCAGUUUGAGCAGGAUUUGCAAGAUGCUGCGAGAAAGAGGGAGAAGGCGCAAGAAAAGGUGGUGAACGGACAAGACGCAGACGAGAGUGAUGGAAAAGCAACAAGACCAACGAUGCAAGUCACGGAUACAAACGGCCAGACACGUGUGCUGGAUACAACUAGAGGAGAUGAUAGCCCGGCAUGCAUAGGACCCCAUCAUUACAACAUAGCCAUCGUACCGCGUGCAAGGAAGAUCCAUCAGUCACUGCUUACAACACCGUUUUCCGCUCUGUACACCUUAUUCGCAUGCUUCACACCGCUCCUCGGCGCACCCCCGCCUCUCGCGGGCCAAGCACCCACAACCCCCUACGAAGUUGCAGCCGCCGACGUUCCCGACCUGAUCAUCACCAAUGGGCCAGCUACAGCCGUUAUCGUUAUUCUCGCAAGCCUCAUAUUGCGUUUCUUUAAUAUCAAAGGCGCAGAAAGCAGGCACAAGUGCAAAACUAUGUAU